AUGGACAACUCUAUUACCCGCACUUAUGUGGGCACCACUAUGUAUAUGGCGCCUGAACGGAUUCGCGGUGGAAUCUACAGGAUGGAGUCGGAUAUUUGGAGUUUUGGCUUGUCGCUGUGGGAGUUGUCUAUCGGUCAUUUUCCUUUUCAUCUGCCCAACGAUACGUUAACCGUUAAUAGUGUGCCUGAUUUCACAGCUGGUAUUCAGCGAAUUGAAGGUCAUUCGGAGAAACUGUGUCGACUAAUCAGUGGAUGUCUGGAACAUGAUGUGAAACGGCGCUGGAAAAUGAACGAUUUGCUUGAAUCCACUUAUAUCAAGGAAGCAUGGCCAAUUGAUCAUAAUGUAAUCGCGGAAUACAGAAACUAUCAACAACCAUAUCUGCUAGACAACAAAAUGAGGAGCAUCGCCCUGACGAAAGUCUUAUCCAGUCCAAUCAGUGAUGCUGGUUUCUUGAAAGGAUGCGAACUGUUUGUGGAAGACCAUAUCGCGCAGAAAACCUAUUUUUUGAACAGAGAAGGAAUAGUUAUAUUAGAUGAUAAGCUCCAGUUCGAAACAACAGUUCCAUGUAGUGACCAGUGCGAUUCUUUCGAGCCCGUCAAUAUUGAGGUUCUAGCAGAUAGUAGUGAAAUUUGUGUGAUAAUUAACACCGGACAGGUCCUUACUAUAGAUGCGGAAUCGCACACGAUGUGCGCCGCUUGCUUCCUGGGUGAAGAGUGUUCGGCCGCUUCAUGGAGUCCCGAUCAAAGUGCUCUUGUCGUAAUAGAAGGUGACCGAGUGGUCUUCUAUAAUCGCUGUUUCGAGCCUUUCGCUAAGUGGGAAUUCUCGAGUUCAGACGAAGGCAAAGAUGCACUCGUUAGCGUAGGCUGGGGAGCAGCUGAGACACAGUUUCAAGGCAGCGCUGGAAAAGCUGCACGUGAAAAGAAGACACCCGUUUCAAAGGUUGCAUAUCCGAAUGAUACUCGCGCAUCUCACAUAAGAUGGCGUGCGGAUGGUCUAUAUGUGCUAAUAUCGUUCUACGAACAACAAAGUGGGGAGAGACGAGUGGCGGUAUUUAGUCAGGAAGGAGAAUUGAUGGCACGUUUGAAAAACCUGGAAUCAGUCGAAGAAGCUAUUGCUGUCCGACCAAACGGGAACUACAUUGCAACGACGAAGCUUUCUGAUGUUGGCAGAACUAUGGUGUUCUACGAAAGGAACGGUGAAAAACGUCAUGAAAUGGUUUUGCACGGUCCAGGUAGAGAAAGACAGCUCGUCGCUAUGCAGUGGGAUGUAGAGUCCUCCUGUUUAUUUGUCCAUCUACGUGAUGAAUGUGUCGAUGAAGUUGAAAUCUGGACUGUGUCUAACUACGACUGGAAACGACAAUGGUCAGCACGCUUCGACCAAAAGGUUAUGCGUAUCCAAUGGGACUCCGAAAAGGCCCGUCAGUUAUGUAUGCUCUUCGAAGACGGAACUUAUUCACGAUUAACUUACAAUCUUUCACCCAUUGUCCUUGGUUCCACGGCUUUAGUUAUUGCUACAGAGCAGCUUCGUUUCACCGACUUUGAUCGUUGUCCAAUUCCGCCACCAAUGUGUGGAUUUGUGGUGCCAGCGAAUGGAGCUGUCCAUGCUGUGGCAUUUGAUGGGAACCGUCUAGCCGUACUUUGUUUGGAUUUCAGCGUGCACUUUUGGUCAAAAUGA